AUGUCAUCCUCGUACCGCAAGACAGUUGGCGGCAAAUUAACGCUCAAGGGCACUGCCCCUCUCGCGUCAUCAAAGAAGCGCAAGCACAGGAAGAAACGACCAACGGCCGACCACAGUCCCAAUGGGUCGGCCCUUGCGUCAAAGGCGGCCGUCCCGACCGUCUCGAGCGCUUUGCAUCUGGUCAAACUCAGAGGUUCCGGUCGCCUAUUAAGCUCUGGCACGACGUUAAUGGGCCAAGUGGGUACAAAGUUUCUCCAGGAGCUCCAAGUGGGCGACGCGCUCGUGAUUCAGCACCCCACGUCCCUCGUGGACGAGACGCGCAUUGUGCGGAUGGUACUUAGUGACGUGUCGGCCAGUGUCAGCUCGGCGUUCAGCUCCGAUUUAGUGUCGUCGACCCCUUUUUACUACAUUCGAGCGCCCCCGGACGACGACGCAACGCAAGUGGGACAACAACAGGCCGAGCGCACAAAGAAGCGCAAAAAGGACGAGGAGACGGCGUUUGGAACGUAUGCGGGGGGCACCGAAGUCGGGGGACAGUUGACCUAUCGCGUCAAAAAGAGCGGCGCCUACGGUGGCUAUGCCAUUGUCAAGGAAGAUACAGAUGUGGAACGGAGUCGGGAGGAUCUACUGGACAUCCGAGCGAAGAAGAAAGGCGAUCGGCAUUGUAUGUGA